UCGUCGAGUUCGUUUCGCCUCGAACAAAGAUAAAACCAGCGACGUGCUAUUCGCGUAUCGUUUUACGCAGCGUGUUUGAAAAGUGUUUUCGAGGGGAUUCUAAAAAUUAACAAAUAUAGAAAAUAUAUACCCAAAAGCGAAAGCAAAACUCUUGGUGACUCCCAGUGAAGCAUGUCCAGUGCCCAAGUGUCGCAGCAGCCGCCACCGCCGCCGCUGACCACCACAGUCGUUGCCAGUGGGAACUCCUCGAUGCCGUCGCAACUUCUGCUGAGCCACAUCCACCAGCAUCAGCACCACAGCAGCAACAGCAGCAGCCAUCACCUGCACCGCCAGCGAUCCCCGCCAGCCGCCCAGGACUACGACCAGAACAGCAGCCACUCCACUCUGUCGCCCAGAUCACAGUCCCACGAUCCCAGUCCCAGUCCGCCGGCAGCAAGUCCCAGCCACUCCACGGCCACCACAGGCUCGCCCCUCAGCGCCUAUGCUCCGGGACUGAGUCCCAGUAGUGGCGUCCAAGACAGCACUCCAGCGGAUAGUAAUCAAAGUCAUCAAAUCUCCCAAGGCAUGCCUCUCUUGGUGGCUCCCUUGCCAGUGGGUGCAGCUCCCCAACCGCCGCCGCCACAUGCUCGUCUCUACGUUGAAGGAUUCCCGCCACCACCGCCACAUCACGUUCCACAUCCGCAUCCCGCUCUGGGUCCCUAUCCCCUGCCACGUCUUCCCCUUACAGCGGUCAUGAUGCCGGGCAAUGCGCCACCUGCAGCAGCAGGGCCAGGAGCAGCUCCUCCUCAGCUUUCGCCACAGCCGCCUGGCAACCACCUGAGCCAUAGUGGAGCCACCAUGGGAACCACUCUCCUGCCACCUGCCCAAAGUCAGCCCAAGAAAUCCUUCUGCAUCGACGCUUUGCUGGCCAAGAGCCAGCACCAGUCGGGUGAGCCGCAGCCCAUCAAUGUGGAUGGUCAUCUGGCUGCCAUUCACUAUGCCCGGCAUCAGGCGGAGCUGAACCAUGACUUUGUGGCCGCCUCCAAUGCGGCAGCGGCGGCUCAUGUGGUUGCCGCCGCCGCCGGUGGAAUCAGCGAGCAGGAGGCACUGCAGCGUAUACGGGAUUCUCGGGAGUACGAUUCGCCCAGUCCCGACGGCAUGUCAAGAUCCGAAUCACCGAGCUCUUCGCACCGCUCCAGUCCGCCCAUUAGCCCGGGUUGUGAGGAUCAGCAGCCACAGGGCAGUGGCCUGCAUCCCCAUCACCUGUCCAUGCGCAUGUCCGAUCUCCAUGACGAGUUCAAAAAGCCGGUGCCACCGCACAGUCCUAUCCGGCCGCAGGAUUUCCCGCUCUAUGCGGGCGGACAUCCCUACCAGCUGCUGGCUCAAGGAGGAUCCGCCUUCCACAGGCCGCUGGAUCCAUCCGGCAAGCCGAUACCUAUUCCCAUGGGUCACAAUUUCAUGCCCUCGCAGCUGCAAUUCGAGUUCCUGGCCCGCGCCGGAAUGCUCCACCACCGCAUCCCCGAACUGGCAGCCUACCCGCACCAUGCGAUUCUGGGUAAGACCCGGAGACCGCGUACCGCCUUCACCUCCCAGCAGCUGCUCGAGCUGGAGAAGCAGUUCAAGCAGAACAAGUAUCUCAGCCGGCCCAAGCGCUUCGAGGUGGCCAGCGGGCUGUUGCUGUCGGAGACGCAGGUGAAGAUCUGGUUCCAGAACCGCCGGAUGAAAUGGAAGCGCUCGAAGAAGGCCCAGCAGGAGGCCAAGGAGCGGGCCAAGGCCCAGCAGCAGCAGCAGUCGCAGGCUCAGCAGCCGCAGCCGAGUGCCGCCAGUUAGGAGGAGUAGGCUUAAGGAGGAGGAGAGAGGGUGAUCUGGAGGAGUCUCCAAUCUAGUCAUGCCGCGAUCAAACCGCCGUCCCACCAUUAACCACAAGUCACCCUGUUUUUCGUUUUGCGCAAUCCCUUGAAAUCUGUUUUUCUUUCGGUUCCGAUUGCCAUUUAUUAUUAUUUUUAUUUUGUGCCAACACAAAGCGGGGCACUGUGUGAUAUAUGUAAACAAGAAAUAUAUAAAUUAAAUUCAUUAGCUACCCCCCGCCCCUCCCCCAACUACAGCCCCUGUUUGUACAUAAACAUAAAUCUAAAUAGGAACAUAACAAUAAGUAAUAAUGUAAUCAUAAAUCUUAAAUAAAUGAAUAAUGCUUAAGUAAAUAAAUUACAUUAAAUGCGAUUAAGUUUAGUUGGGCAACUUGUAAUUUGCUUGUGUAAUUUUCUGUAAAUAUGUGUAAUUACGUAAUUGUAGUAUUUAAAAUUAACAAAAACCACACACAGCCAUGGAGGAAAAGCAUAAAAGAGUUACAACAAAGUAAAUAGUCGCCUUGCGACUGAAUUAGUAAAUUGUAAUGAAUUUAUUUUCGAAAUCAAAAAGUGAAAUAAUAAAUUACGAAAAAACAUGACAUUGCA